AUGAGUGUGCGUGAUCGCGUACGUGUCGCGAAACCGGUGUGCGCGACUAGAGCGGGACAGAAGGCAUGUCAGAGCGAAACGGAUGCCACUGCGUCAUCGGCACACGAAGGUAGGCUUUGCGACGAACCAGUUAGCAUUAGGCGUCUCGCACCUCGGCGGCGACCCGCUGCUCACUGGGCGCACCCGCGCCGUCCGCGCCCCGCCGCCCCGCGAACGACCGGCCGUCAGGGCCGCGCGGGGGGAGCGCCGGGGGCGUGGGGAGGGCGCGGGGAGGGCGCGGGGAGAGCGCGGGGAGGGCGCGGUGGUGCC